UCCGGUAUUUGUUGUGCUAACUGCAGCUAGCUUGCGGCUAAACAGCGGUCCCAUCCUGGGAGUAUUUGGAGCCGUGUAGUUACGUGGAGGCAAAAGUCUACAUCGGUCUGUUCGCCGGGUUAGGACACGUCACUUCAGACAUGACUAAGCACGAGUUUGAGGUGGCCAUGACGUGUGAGGGAUGCUCAGGAGCUGUUACCAGGAUCCUGAACAAGAUGGGAGAUGUGAAGUUUGAAAUUGACCUGCCGAAGAAGCUGGUUUGGAUCGAGUCUGACAAAGACGUGGAUGUUCUGAUGACGGCGCUGCAAAAGUCCGGAAAGGAGGUCAAAUACAACGGCACGAAGUGAAGGACCUGCACCAGGAAAUAAUUCUUGCUGCUGCAAACUGAAGAUUUAAGAUGAAAUUCAAGUUAAAGUCUGAGACCCUCAGUGAGUCUGCACCCCCUCCCAUCCAGCUGUCACGCACAAACACCCCCCCCCCCCCCCCCCCCCACACACACACACACACACACACACACACACACCCACACACACACACGCACACACUUGAUGCAGACAGGAAGUGUGCCUCCUCUGACCUCCUGAGUUACAACAUCGUCCUCACACAAACCUGCCGAGCGUAAUCAUCUCCAAACCUUUACCUUCAGGCUGUAAAUGAAAAAAGGAAAAAGCAGCAUCUUAGAUUUAGUUUCAGCUAUGUGAUGAUGACGAUGAUGAUGAUGACUCCAUUUCCUGGGGUGUAAAUGAUGAAACCUGUUGGCUGUGUUUGCUGAACCUGUUUUAUUAAAUUUGUUGAUUUUAUUCAUAAAAAGACCAUUUGAAGCUUUGCUGUGUGAGGAUAUUUGGAGCUCUGCACCAUGUGGGGGUGAGGGUGGGACCACCUGCUGCACCUCCCCUCUGCUCUUCGACACUACAGUCUAUUCUCUGCUGUUUUCAUGGUUUUUAGGAAUGUAAGGAGCUCUCCUCCUCGCCCGCUGUCUCCAUAAUGCUCAAAUGUCUCAAUGCUGGAGAAAAUAAAUCAUUUCUGUCUUCAGUACGUCAGA